AUGGCCAUUGGAGUAAUUGCUAUUGGUGUCUUGGUUCCUUAUAGCCUUGGCCUCUUCGGUGAGGCUCAGGCAAACCCUACUGCCAUCGACCCUGCCAAGCUACCAGCUACGGCCCAGAUAAUCAACCAGAAGACCUUCAAUGUUUUGGAGCAUGUCCCUCCACCGAAAGAAGCUAAUGCUACAACUAGGUUCCUCUGGCCGGGAGUUACCUAUGAAUCCCUUACUGAACGGCCAUUUCAUGUUUAUGAUGCAGAGUUCCUCAAUAUAAUUGGAAGCAAUCCAACCUUGACCUUGCUCGCCACUUCAGAAAAAGAUCCCAUCUUCCAUGAAGCUGUUGUAUGGAACCCUCCGACUGAAGAAGUUUUCUUUGUGCAGAACGCAGGCGAUCCAGAUGCUGGAACAGGACUUGCAAAGUCAUCUGUCAUCCAAAAGAUUUCUUUGGCCGAAGCUGAAGCUCUGAAGAAUGGAUCGCACACGGAGAGUCAAGUCAAGAUUACUGUUGUAGACUCUAAUCCACAAGUCAUAAACCCUAAUGGCGGAACGAACUAUAAGGGUCAGAUCAUCUUCGCAGGCGAAGGGCAAGGCGAGAAGAUACCUUCCGCUUUGUAUCUGAUGAAUUCCGAAGCGCCAUAUAAUACAACAACACUUGUGAACAACUUCUUUGGCAGACAAUUCAACUCUCUCAAUGAUGUCUCCGUCAAUCCACGCAACGGCGAUAUCUAUUUCACAGAUACCAUGUACGGCUACUGGCAGUACUUCCGCCCCGAGCCUGGACUGCAAAACCAAGUCUACCGUUUCGACCCAGAUACUGGAGCGUUAACCGUUGUUGCGGAUGGCUUCGUCGCUCCAAAUGGCCUCACUUUCUCACCCGAUGGCCUGCACGCCUAUGUCACAGAUACUGGCAUAAGCAACGCACUAUUCGGGCAUAACUACACUCGUCCCGCCUCUAUCUACCGAUUCGAUGUACAAAAAGAUGGUACAUGGGAGAAUCGCAAGACGUUUGCUUUCACAGCAGCUCGUCUACCAGAUGGAAUUCAUUGCGACUCCAAAGGCAACGUCUAUGCGGGCUGCGGCGAUGGCGUGCAUGUCUGGAAUCGUUCCGGAAAGCUCAUUGGAAAGAUUUACACAGGAAUCAAUGCAGCCAACUUUCAAUUCGCUGGCAAAGGACGCAUGGUUAUCAUGGGGAGGACAAAACUGUUCUAUGCUACUCUUGCUGCUUCUGGAGCACCAUUAAGUUGA